AUGACAACCACCAUUCAAGGGCUGCAUAUUCGUGCUGCAGAAACGCGUUCAGACCCGACCCCGCACACCGAAUACGGGAUUCAAGUACAGGCAGCUGUGCGAGCAUGGGAAGUCUGGCACCGAUAUUCCGAUUUCGUCGACCUUCACCUGGAUCUCGGCAAUCCACCGUUCUCUUUACCUCCCAAACACCACCUGUCUUUUACCUUUCGGCGACAAGUUAACGACGAGAAGCUUGUUGAAGAACGUCGGCAUGGUCUGGAGAGUUAUUUGCGUGCCAUUCUCGUCGCAAAGGAUCCUCAAUGGCGAAAUCACCGCGCAUUCUUGGACUUUCUGGAGGUGCCAUCACCAGCCCAAGCUCCGCCCCGAGCACAGGAUUCAUUCUCUUCUGCAUCCUGGCUGGAAGAGCAAAACGUUCUUCAUGCUUUAGUGAGGGACAUAAGAGCAGACCUGUACAAGCGGGACUCGUUGGCCUCGGCUGGCGAUACCUCUGCUUCGCAUUUGUCGAACGUGGAGGCGAAGAAGAAGCUCGCGACGCUGAUCUCAAGAGUCGGUGGAUUGGCGAAGGGGAUGGAGGUACUCGCAAAAUUAGGCAUGAGUGCGGGAGAGUUGGCCAGGAGAGGCGAUAUGAUAUCCAGACUUCAAGAUGACUGCUCGAAACUUGGUGAGGUUGUGGUUGCGGCAAGGUCGAACAAUGCGCGACAGGCUUCUCUUAUGGCCAAGACAGACCCAAUACCAACGGCUGAUCGGGUUGCAUUGCUUGGGGCUGCUGAGCCACCAGUCACCAGGGUAUUCGGCUCUCGUCCACGCACACCUCAGGAGACCAACCAGACCAGGCCCUUGGACGACCGUGGCCUACUACAGUACCAGCAAUUGCAAUUUGACCAGCAGGAUACCCAAUUAACGCAGCUUAGCGCGAUUUUGAAACGGCAGAUGCAGCUUGGGAUGGUAAUUGGCGAGGAGAUAGAGGAUCAGAACCGAAUUUUGGACGGCCUCGCCACGGACGUCGACCGAACUGGAGCAAAGCUGGGCAAAGCGAGGAAGCAGCUUGGGAGGAUAGAGGGCAAGUGACAUCUGAUCUGCAGGUUGUAU